UCAAAACAGCACUUUGGAGGUUAGCACACUAUGUUAUUUUAUUUAUUUAUUAACUAAUUCACCUUUUUAACGUCUUCUGCGUUCUUCGUCCAAUCGAAAUCUCACAAACUACUUGGGGAGAUUUCAUUUUCGCCCAUAAUCACAUAUUCUGAUUCCCAAUUAAAAAAUUAUACCUCUCAAAAAGUUCUUAAUAAAUGUGGCACGGAUCGGCUUCCUUCAUUCUUGACAAACGACGAAACGACACCGUACUAAUCCCCGAGACCCGCCCCGCCACGUCAUCCGCCUCUCCCAUGGCUUCCGAAAAUCCUCAACCCCAGCAAAAGCAAAACCCUGACCCUCAUAUCUCUCUCUAUUACCAAACUCGCGCUGCUCACCAUGCCGUCGUCACUAGUGACUGGCUGGCUCAGGCUCAAGCCGCUGUUGGCCGUCACCGAGAUGAUGCCGUUUCAGAUAAUUCCUCCGCCGGAGGAGAAGAAUCUGGAAAUGCUUUUAGCGUGAUUGAUGAGUUCAAUAACUGGAGGAAACAGCCGGAUUUAGCAGAGGCCGUGGCGGCUAUUAGGGCUUUGGCUUCCGUUAUUAGGUCAAGCCAAGCCACCACUAUGAUGGAGCUGGAAAUUGAGCUAAAAAAGGCCUCCGAUUCUCUCAAAGUACGCGAACUUGUUUUCUUAUUUUUCUCUCAUUUUAUAUUACCUUAUCCAUUCUUAUGGAUUUCCCUUUUCUAGAUUAUAUUAUAGCUAUCCCUGUUUAGAAAAUAAGAUUAGUAUUAUGGCCGAUAGAUGCAGUCAAUGGAUUUGAGUUGGACUCGAGUGAGAACGGCUAUAAUUUUUUCCAACUUCUGAUCAAUGUCGGAAAAUUUUAUUCGAGAUGUUAAACUUUGAAGCUGUGGUGUUUAUGUAGCCAUGCACAAUAAUGUUUAUAAAUGCAACUUGAGUGUACUGGUAUGUAUCCCAAGUCUAGAGGUUAUAUUACGAGAUUCUGCAUCGUAUCCUGAAGUUCUCUGUCCAUGAAAGAGAUGUCUUUGUUCUCUGAGGAAAUUUAUGUUCAAUGGGAUAAUAUCCGUCAAAUUUAUUGACCCUUGCAAUUGCAUGAUAUAUGAAGAUUUU